UACGCGCGGUAUCGAUUGGGAAUAACAAAAUAACUCCAGUACCCGGGUACCCUUGAAGUUUUGAAUUGCAAACCGGAUAACGAAACAAACACCCGAUUCGGAAUUAUGAGCUGUGACAAAGUGCAACCGUUUCAGAAUUCUUCAACCGAAGAUUUCAAGUGAAGUUUGUACAUCAUCAUUGAGUGAAAAAUACCGCAGUGCUACCCCCAGUGCUCCAACAAAGUCUACCUCAUUCCAUUUGUUGGAAUAUUUGCUAUUGCUAUUUUACAUCGUCCACCAGACAGCCGCAAAAACGGAUACUCCAUUCUUUUUAAAAGUUACCACCAUGCGUGCGAUUCACAGAUUCAACCACAGAAUUCCGCUAAAGAUGGCACAUCGUCCCGUCAGUGCAAUGUCGCGUCAAGAAUCUGAAAUGAUCAACCGCAGCCGACGGGCUCUGUCCUCUGGCUCGCUAACCGACUCGAUCGAGAAGCUGCGGCACAUGUGUCUGGCUCGCGGGGCUUCCGGGAUCCUCGGCCUCGGUCGGUGCUUCCGCCGGAUGGACGACGACGGCAGCAAGGCCCUCUCGCUGGAGGAGUUCAUCAAGGGACUGCACGACACCGGCCUGGACAUCACCAACGAGGAAGCCACGGAGAUGUUUAACAAGUUCGACACCGAUGGCAGUGGUUCGAUCAACAUGACCGAGUUUCUGAUCGCAAUUCGGCCGAACAUGUCUGAGUCUCGGAAGAACAUCGUGAGUCAAGCGUUCGCUAAGUUGGACAAAACCGGUGAUGGAACGAUCACCGUAGAAGAUCUGAAGAACGUCUACUCGGUCAAGAACCACCCAUUGUACAUCAGCGGCGAGGAAACUGAGGACACGAUCUUGCGCAAGUUUUUGGCCAACUUCGAAGAGAACGGCAAUCCCGAUGGAACCGUGACCAAGGAGGAGUUCCUGAACUACUACUGCGGUCUGAGCGCUUCGAUCGAUUCGGAUGCGUACUUCGAUCUGAUGGUUCGUCAGGCGUACAAGUUGUAAACUCGGAAACUAUUCGUUACGAAACACGUACCCCUGGACGAGCACUGAUGAAACUCAAGCUUUUUUUACAUAGAUCUACUUACUUAUAUUAUAUUCUAAGUCGUUACAAAUGCAACAAUCUUAUUUAUUGUAUUAUGAUUUCAAAAAUUACAACAAAAGAAAAAAAAUACGCAAACAGCAUUCCACCAAAAAAACAAAA